AUGAGAGAGGAAGUAAGUGUGUUCAACUUCAGGAAAUACCAGUCUGAUAAGUGGCGGUGGUCGCUGAACCAUGAGGGGAUUUAUACAGUUAAUAGUACUUACUCUUUUUUGCAAGUUUGUGAUGAAGGUGAAGCUGAUCGGGCUCUUAAACUCAUUUGGGCAGCUCUAGUACCGUCCAAUGUAAAGGUGUUUGCUUGGCGGCUGAUGUUGGACCGUUUGCAGAGUAGACAACAACUAUUGAGAAGAGGGGUGUUACAUGCUCACGAUGAUGUGUCUUGCGAUUUCUGUCAUGUGGAGGUCGAAACUACUGCUCAUCUAAUGUCCUCCUGUCCGCUGUUGCGUGGUUUCUGGGAUGUAUGUAGUGCUUGGCUCGUGAUUCCGAAUGUCUCGCUUGUCUCUCCUUGUGAUCAUUUGCUGAAUUUCCCUUGUCAUGGUCGGACUCAGUCUCAAAAGAUGGGUGAGAUUGUUGUUUGGCUUGCUGUUGUUUGGUCUAUUUUGCCACAUCGAAAUGAAAUUAUAUUUGGAUCUGUUGAGUUUGACAAGGAGGCUUUGGUGGAUGUUAUCCAAUUUCGUUCGUGGCAUUGGAUCCGUCAUAAGAUGAAGGGUGUUGGCUUCUCAUUCUUUGAAUGA